AUGGAAUCCCCUAAAGACUCAAUCCGACGCCACGGUGAUAAUUUCAUGGGCAGCACAAAUUCUCCUCGCCUCAGCUUCACUCGCAACGCAUCAGUGUCUGCACCCGUGUCACCCUCCAUGCCCGUGCCUUCACAGACGACGCCGCUUCCGCCUAGGACGGCAUCGCAUCCACAAGCCAAUGCAACCGUCCGCGUUGACUGCAGCACGUCUACGACUGUAUCUAAUACUGUGAAGCUCCUGAGUGAAUUAGAGCGAUCUUGGGCCAUGUUUUCUGCUAACUGGCGGGUCGUGGACCUAUUUGCGGGUCUUCAAAUAUGGCAGGAACAGAUUGGAGAAACAGGAAGCGGCUCUGAGCCGCUUAAUAAUGUGCUACUGUCUACAGCGUCUGCCGGGCUGGUGACUUUUUUAGCUGGACAUAUUGGUGGUGGUGGAUUCUUUGUGUCGUUGUUGCUUACGCUGCUUGUAGUGACAGCAGCGCUCUGGACAUUGUCUGAUGCUCGAGCUAAGACUGCAAUACCAUGUUUUAAGACACUGCAGGUAGUGGAUGGAUCUCCGUCAGAAAUUUUUAUGUACUUGAUGUGCAUCAAUAAUUAUCCCAUUUGGGACGCAUCGGUGGAGAAAGCAGAGGUAGUGCAUACUAUUGAUGACCACUCUGAUAUAAUUCAUAUUAUCUAUCGACCUGUUUGGAUGUGGCCAGUAUGGUUAACGCCAAGGGAUCUUUGCUUGUUACGAUAUUGGCGACGGGCUGAAGAUGGGUCUUAUGUAAUUUGUAUGCAAAGUGCAUUACAUCCUGAGUGUCCGCCAAUGGAUGGACUUGUGCGUGCGACCUGCAAAGGUGGAGGUUUCAUCAUAUCGCCUAGUGUCACACAGCUGGACGAAAUGACGUCCAUGGUUACAAAUGUGAUCCAUUUAGACCCUCAAGGAUGGGAAGGCAAUUUAUUACAACGUCUGAACAUGAUGCACUUGUAUGUACGACCUCAAGUGCUAUCAGUUACUGGUUUGAGAGAUGUCAUGGAAGCGCGUAAAUAUGUGUGUCCAAAUGUACCUGAAGAAUUCUCAGCAGCUCUUGCAUCGUCAACAGAAGAACAGUAUGGCAAAGCUGCAAGUCAGGAAGAAGGGGCAGGUGGUGGCACUAUUGGUGAUCCUGAAGCGCCGGUCUCGAUGCUGGAAGAUUUUCCAAGUAAUGUGCCGCGAACGAUGUGGGCCGAGCCAGACGGUGCAGCGAUGAUGGUACGAGGACCUGAUUACCUAACCGAUCGACGGAAAAUCCCAUCUCAAUCACCAUUCUUUCGGCUCGUAGGAAUGGAUCUGUUUGAAUCGUCUGAAGUUAUUGAACAUAUUGCAUCACGUGCAGACAAUACGAUUCAGCGCGAGCUGCGGCGCCAUGAAGAACGAGGUACUGAAAUGCCAUUUACGUUUAUCGUGAACUUUGUGGUACCAGGAACCCCACGCAUUAAUCUCGUACUGUACUAUCAAGUACCUCACCCAUCUGUCUUGACUGACGGUUCUCCGUCCUCUGAGUUGAUGGCUGACUUUCUGAAUGGAUCUGAUGAAUUUCGCAACGAGCGGUUUAAGCUCAUACCUUGCAUCGUAGAAGGUAGUUUUAUAGUGCGUCAAGCAGUGGGGUCUACUCCAUCUUUGGUUGGUAAAAAGCUGCGUCAGCCCUAUCACCGUGGUAAGCAGUACUUUGAGCUAGACGUCGAUAUUGGCUCGUCAGCAGUGGCAAAUCGUGUGGUUGGUCUUGUGUCAGGAUACACAAAAAAGCUAGUUAUUGACAUGGGCUUCGUAUUAGAAGGUCAAAACCCCGAUGAACUGCCUGAAAGGCUGUUUGGAACUUGUCGUCUGGUUCAUAUUGAUUUGAGUGUCGCCAAGAAGCUCACGUGA